CGUAUGUAGGAAGCGUUAUGAAGAUAGCCAUCCAUAUCGAAAGGCAGACAUUGCUUCUUAUAUUGUAAACUGAAAAAAUACAGAAUUCUAGCCUGUUUUAUUUAGGCAUACUGCCACCCUUUCAAGCGGAAAAUCCUGUCGGAUUAAAUUUGAAGUUUUCUCAGCGGGGACCGACAUGUCCGAAACAUACGAUUUUCUCUUCAAGUUCCUGGUGAUCGGCAGUGCGGGGACAGGGAAGUCCUGCCUCCUGCACCAGUUCAUUGAGAGCAAAUUCAAACAGGACUCGAACCACACGAUCGGAGUGGAAUUUGGCUCACGGGUCGUCAACGUCGGUGGCAAGACAGUGAAGCUUCAGAUCUGGGACACGGCCGGCCAAGAGCGCUUUAGGUCAGUGACUCGCAGCUACUAUCGAGGGGCAGCCGGAGCUCUCCUGGUCUAUGACAUCACAAGCCGAGAGACGUACAACGCUCUGACCAACUGGCUGACGGACGCCAGGACGCUGGCCAGCCCUAACAUCGUCAUCAUCCUGUGUGGGAACAAGAAGGACCUGGAUGCCGACCGGGAGGUGACCUUCUUGGAGGCCUCCCGCUUUGCCCAGGAGAAUGAGCUGAUGUUCCUGGAGACGAGCGCGCUGACGGGCGAGAACGUGGAGGAGGCCUUCCUCAAGUGUGCCCGCACCAUCCUCAACAAGAUCGAGUCAGGGGAGCUCGACCCAGAACGGAUGGGUUCGGGGAUCCAGUACGGUGACGCCUCACUAAGGCAACUCCGCCAGCCCAGAGGCACCACGGCACCCACCAAGCAGCAAUGCAACUGCUAGGGCCUGUCCCCCUACUCCCAGAUGCUCAGGGCGCCCCCUCCAGCUCUUGGUUGUGGCUCGGUGUGCAGGACUCCCCACCAUGCUCUUUGACAUGCCCACCCCGCCUUGACACCCACCCCCGCCUCAUCGAAGAUCCCGGAUCGCUCAGAAGCGACACCUGACCCCAGACUUUUGGAAGCACAUGAUCCACCCCUGACCCCCUCCCCCCCCACCUGACACCCUCCCUUUGAGAUCCCAUGGGGGUCUGGCAGGUGGUGAUUCCUGGCUCGACGCCGUACCUCUCAUGGCCCCUGGACCCCCCCCACACGUGACGGGUGUUUCGAUUCCUUCCAGGACCAUAUGCAGCAAUUUCUGAUUCUCACACGCGAUCAGUGGCGGCCGGCUUGAGGAGGGUAAGGAGUCCUGUGGGGGUUACUGAUCAUUCAUGUUCCACUCUUAACGAUCUCUAAACGAGUUGUCGACUAGCGUGUGUUUAAAAUAUAUAUUUAUGUAUAUGCCAGUCACUCCAAACCGGCUCUCAUUUUAUUUCAGACUUUUUUAAGAUUUGGGGGGGGGGGUGCAAUAGCAUUUGGGGCUUCUCGUCCUAAAACCUUCUGUGAUGUCUCCUCACCAUACGGCUCCACUUGUAGUGGCUGUCGCCCUUUGCAGAGCUGUGGUAGAAAAGACCGGUUAAUUUUAGGAGAUACACACUGAUCCUCGUGUCAGUACCGUGGCCCUGCGCACUCGCAAGACGCUGGUUGAUGGCAGAUGUCGCAGAAUGUUUCAUGAGCAAGAAUGAAAUUUUUAAUUUUUCCCCUCAAGUUGGUCAGUUGGGUAACCGUUGUAUUUUCUUUACUAUAUAUUUUUUUUUUUGCAAAGAAAUAACAUUUUCCAGUUCUGUGGCCUUUGAUUUUCACCCAGAUUGAUCAAUAUUGUAUAGAUAUUACCGUACCAUAGGGCAGUCUACUAAAAGCACAAGGUACGGUGAAUUCAUUCAGUUAUGAAAAAAGGGAGCGCGUGACUGCUUGUACAUAGUUAUUUGGUGCGUAUGUAAUGUUGUCAUUGUGUUACUGUGCUGCAGUCUACCAAAAAGGAGCCUGCUGAUUGGUCGUGAUUUAUUCCCGUCACUGAUUGGGCUGCCGGGGCUGAUUCACAGCAGCUGGGCUCGGUAAUAUCUCUCCCCCCUCCCCAGUCAUUGGCCCUCCUCCUUGUCUCUAUGUGUUUACUUGAAUUGCUCCACCCAACUUUAGUGUGUCAUUAAUUGGUGAUUUUGCUCUUUUUUUUUAAUACACACGUUAACAUGACGAAAGGAAAUUUACUGGCUCCGUCCAGCCCUCACCACCCCCACACCAUAGUAAUUUUCGUUGUCCUGCUGUUAUUUGAGCGGUAUACUACUGCGAAUUUUUUACAUUCACGGCUGCAUUGUUUGUAGAAAAACAAGUCUUUCUCCUGUAUAAUUAUGGUCUUUGGUUUAAAGGCGUUUUUAAAAUUUUUGCCUGGAAUAUAACAUAUAUUAGGGGUAUAUGCAAAAAAAAAAAAAACGGUUAAUUAUAUAAAUAUAUAUAUGAAGUGUAAAAUACGUCUGACUGAAUGAACGUGCUUACGCUUUUAAAUAUUUCCUGUGAACUAGUGAAACUGAGAAUUCCCCGGUAUUAAGGUGGUACGAUCCAGGUUUCAUUUCUGAUGACACUCCCUGUUCUUGCAUUCUCCAUCCCAUUUCGAGGUGAAAUGGUUAUACUGGAGCUCUAAGUGUUUGUGGAGAUUUGAUGAACCAGCUAAAAAGGGGAACUGGGAAAUAAAAUUACUGUGCAACUGUGUCUUAAUACUGUGACUGUGUAGCAUUAUUUAUAAGGAAUAUUCGUUUUCCCCCAGCUUUUUUUUGUGCAAGUAGUAUUGUUUUAAGUAUUUGUAAAGCAGCUAAUAAUAUCCCAAACUGGAUUUGAAAAAGAGUAAAUGUAUAAACUUGGUGACUUGGAACAUUCCAGAAGAGUUUUGUUCUAUGUUACUUACAGACACAUUGAAAACACCUCUAACAAGCACUUUGCUGAAUCUUAUUGCUUUGGACAAUUUGCAAUUUGCCAUUACUCUGUCUGUGUGUACAGCGUGGUGGUUGGUUGCAGAAUAACUGGAUUAGACUGUGUGGAUUGUAAACCUGACACACAGUAGCAGAAAGCUCCUGCAUAUCCGUCCACUGAGAUGCGUGUGGUGUUGCGGUCAAAUAGGACGCCACCCCCCAAUUCCCUGGUCUGUUGUUUGACAGAAGUUACCCACUUUACCCUGCAAAUAAAUGCUCUAUUGUUACUUAGUAACCAGUAUAAUCUUAUCACUGCUAUAUAUCAGAAUCAUCUAUAAUGUAUAUUAAAAAAAAAAAAAGUGUUUUUGUGGGUUGCUUGUGAAUUUUAAAGAUUGCAAGUUAUAACUAAAAUGCUUGUAUGUCUGUCUUAUUACCACUUUUGGGUAAUAAUUAUUUAUGUUGGUACAGUUUCACCUGUGCGUUUGCUGGUGUACGGAAGUAAUUUCCAUUCGGGGUUUUUCGGCUGAGCUGUACUUUUUUCACCAUUCGCCUCGAUCUUCAGUUCUGACGGGGUGAGGAUGCGCGUGCUUUGUCCGCUCUGUAUCCCGUCCGUCCACGUGAGCAUGCCCUUCCCUUCGCCUCGUUGAGGAGCUCUGCAGGGUUGUGAAUGCCUGUUGGUUAAGGAUUUUGUCGUAGCCUCGCGCAGUGGGAGACCCAGCAUCCGCGCAUUCCCAUAACGAUUCGUCCAAUCAGGAAAGCCGGCCGCGACGCCGGAUCUCCCGGACACGCCGUCGGGGAUGGCCUUUGCGUUAGGAGCCUUGUGGAACUGGCACAGAAAAGGGGAAGAGCGAUCAUGAAGGAAGGCUGAUCGUUUUAUGUGGGUAUUUGCGGUAAUCCGCCUUUAUGGAUGUUUGUCCAUUGCCACGGAUUGGGAGAAUAAGCGGUGGAUCAGGGUAGAUAAAAGUGGAUUCUCUCAUCUCUCACAGUCCCAAAAUUUCACUGUGAGCAAAUCCAUCAUGACCACUAGAUGGCAGAUUUAUACAACAGAACAAUAGGUGCAAUACAUAUAUUUUUUUUGUUACUGAUGUCUGUUAGUGGUGUAUGUUGCUCAUGACAGAAAAUGGUCAGUUGUUAGAAGUAUGUGCCAUUGAUAAUGUUUUUCGACCACGGGGCGGGUAUUUAGGAACAAAAAACAAAUCCCCCUGAACCAGGCACUGCUCUACUUCGGAACAAAUGUUCUGACAUCCCACACACUGGCGAUUAAACUUGCUGUCUUGUGUAACCUCUGUGUCAUCAUCCGCCAGACACAUCAUUAAUAACAUUUUGGAAAAUGAAAUUUCACUUUCCUUGGCAAUCCACUGUAACAAGACCAAGAAUAAAUCAAAUUCAUGAUUACAAAA